AUGGCGAUUCCCGACUUUCAGAAAAUCACCUUGCUGGCGGUGAAAUCAGUCCAGAGCACUUUGGUGAGCGAGAGAGAUGCUCUAGCAAAUUUGGCGGCGCAGUAUCUGGAAAAUAUUGACUGCCAAGUGGAGCUAGUUAACGCGUUACGGCUUUUCUAUGAGACCCAUUUGCGUGGUGGGAAGAUUGUAGCUUGCGGAGUUGGCAAGUCCUACAAAAUUGCUACGAAAACGGUGGCCACUUUAAAGUCUCUCUCAAUCAGCACAGACAUUUUACAUCCAACAGAGGCUUUGCACGGUGACCUUGGUUUGAUCACUGAACGUGAUUGUCUUUUCUUUUUCACGGCAAGCGGCAAUACCCCGGAGCUUCUUGCUCUACUUCCUCAUAUACCUGCCCUGGUGCCCAUUGUGCUUCUCUCAUGUAAUCGCGAGUCUAAGCUUUCCAAGUCCAAUGUGGUGAAAUCUCUAUUGCAGAUUGAUCUUCCGGAUCAUUUGAAAGAGACAACCGUUCAUGGAGUACCUGCGCCUACCGUUUCCACCACUUUGCAACUAGUCAUGGCCGAUUCCGUUGUUUUGGCCUUGGCGGAAAUGAUUGAAAAUGAUCACAUCAAAAGGAAGAAAAAGUUCUCCAUGAAACAUCCUGGCGGUUCCAUCGGCUCGGAUUUGAGCCACUUGAAUGACAAUUUGCUACGCAGGGAAUCACCUUCAACUUCGGCUUCUUCUGGUAGUUGUUCGUCUCUCUUAUCCUUGGACCAAUUACGAGAAUGCAUUCAAAGAAGCUCUGUGGAGGGUGGUGCUUCCAAUGAAACGAUUUCUUUGGAUCUGGAUUCAGAGAGCCUGAGUGUACACAGCUCUGACGUUGUCCUUUCUGUGCAAAUCAAGAAUACUUCACAAAAUGCCAUCAAAAAAUACGACAUUGAAACUCUUCGGACUUGGACUGAGGUUGAGUUUCUUAAAAAUAUUGCGUUGUAUGAUUACAUCAUAUGCCAGGACGGAACUGUCGUUUCCGCUUGCAAAAGUUCCGAUCUUCGGACAUCGUAUAAGUCCAAGAUUUCUCAAGAUGGGGCACUGUGGGAAAGUUUUGAACCAAUGUUGAAAGAGUUUCACAUUAUUGAGCUCUAA